UUUCAAUGAAAAAUUGUUGAAAUUUUUUUUCAAUUUUUUAUCAUUUUUUCAUUGAUACAUUUUUUUUGUCAUCAUCAUCAACAAGAAAACCGACAAAAAUGUUUUCAUCUCAAACAACUGGAACGAACACUGGUUUCGGUAUCGCACCAACAUUCGGUGCAACAAGUACUGGAUUUGGAGCACCAACCACAUCUUCAUCAUCAUCAUUAUUUUCAUCAACAUCAUUUUCACAACCAUCUGCUUUUGCAGCAACAUCAACACAAACAGCCGCUCCUCAAACAUCCGGAACAACUGGUACUGGUUUUAAUUUUGGUGGAUUCGGAAAUAAUACAUCAACAACAUUCGGUACGACUAACACUGGAUUUGGAACAGCUCAACAACCGCAACAAACGGCUACUACAGGUUUCGGAAUGUUUAAUACUGCCAAUUCAUUUAAUCAGAAUAAUAAACGAACAUUCGGUGGUGGUCCGAUACAACCUCAACAGCCAACAUUAACAUUAACAUUGAAUAUACCUGCCACAUCAACGACUGUGGCAACAACAUCGACUACAACUUCGGUUGGAUUAGGUGGAGCACCACUUCCAUCAAGCAAUGGAAAAUCUGAUGGUGAUAAUAUGGCAAAAAAUAAAUCAUAUCGUGAUCAAAUGGUUCCACCUGAAAUUAUUCCACUGGUAGAAAAUAUGAAAAAAUUCUUAGAAAAACAGAAACAAAUUCGAGAUGAAAAUGCACAUGAACAUUUUUAUCUACAUCCAAUACUCGAAAUCGGUACAACUAUUGAAGAUAUACUUAAAGUUCAAAUGAACAAAAUUGAUAUACAAUUACAAAAAAAUUCAAAAGGAAUUGAAUUUCUUAAAAAAGAUACCAAUAAGCUAUUAUCUAAUGGUGAAUUAGUAUAUCGUAUUUCACGAUUGGAUUUACCAUUAUCGAAUUCUGCUGAAGUUAUUGCACAGAAUAAUUUCAUCAAUGCUAAAACACAUCAAUAUUUUAUGGAAGUAGUUGAUAAUUGUAAAAAACAAAUGUCCGAAUAUUCUGAACAAAUUCAAACACUUAAAUCACAUUUUGCAUCAACAAAUGAUCGUCAACAAUAUACGGCUGAUGAAAUUAAUCAAAUCAUACGAAAACAGCAUGAAAAUUUUGUUGCAUUAGCAUCAAAAGUUUAUUUAAUUCAUGAAUAUGCAAACAAAUUACGUGUAGAAUUAGCUAAUGAUUCAAACAAUGAUAUUACAUUGAUUAAUCGUAACCAGAUGGAUAUUUUAAAUCGUAACCAACAACAACAACAACGUCAAACGUUAAACGAUCCAUAUGGUCCAACACCAUUUCUGGCUAAAUCGAAUAAUAUUUCAAUCAAUAUGAGUGGUAAUAAUCAAUCGUUUGUGUCGAACAACAAUCCAACAAUUUCCAAUUUCGCUCAACCACAACAAACAUCGUUCACUAAUUCGAUGUUCAAUACUACUGUAACACCGAAUGUCAACACUUCAUUCGUUUCAUUCGGUAAAAACAAAAAACUUUGAUCAAUGUCCGUAUUAAAUUAUUAUACAAUUUCUUCAAGUAAAAUUUUGUUUGGCCAAAUGAGGA